UGCGCUUGGUUCAGAAGCGCUUGAGUGGGGCUUUCUAGACGGAGGAGAAGAAACUUGUGGUCGCACUCUUAGUUUGAAUUACACAGAAACAAAUUCUACAGAUAACUGUAAUAGACUGCAGAGAAACUUUUACAUUUAUUUAAUAUUUUACGUUUAAAUUUACGUUUUGGGGAGCAGACAAGUGUUGUAGCGUCUUUGAACUCGUGCGUAAUCGCUGCUUGUUUCUCCGCUCCAUCAAGAAAAUUGUCUGUAUCCCUAACAAGACGUUGUAUUUGGAGGAAGGACGUUUAUCAUCUAAGAUGACAGCGAUGAAAAUGGUUUUAUCGGUGCUGCUGGUGGUCCUGAUGCAAUCCGGCGCUCUUUGCGCACGGAGGUUUCGAGGUGGCCGCAAUCCACAACCACGACGCGCACCACCACCUCCCACACACCGGGCGGACCGAGGUGAUACCACGGAGAGCUUCCCUCUGGAUUUCACCGCCGUGGAGGAGAACAUGGAUAACUUCAUGACUCAAGUGAAGAACCUUGCGCAAUCCCUCUACCCGUGCUCGGCGCAGAAGCUAGACUACGACAUGAAGCUGAACUUUUUGGAGAAUACAUCAGUCACCUGCAACGACGGGAGUCCCGCAGGGUACUACCUGAAAGAAUCUCGAGGCAGCAGGCGGUGGCUGAUUUUCCUUGAGGGUGGCUGGUACUGCUUCAACAAGGAGAACUGUGACAGCCGAUAUGAAACCAUGAGGAGGUUGAUGAGCUCGUCCAAAUGGCCCCAAACUAAAACAGGCACAGGGAUCCUGUCGCCACUACCUGAGGAAAACCCUCACUGGUGGAAUGCAAACAUGGUAUUUAUUCCAUACUGUUCCAGUGAUGUAUGGAGCGGCACUUCAGCUAAAACAGAGCAGAGUGGUUAUGCCUUCAUGGGGUCGCUAAUUAUUCAGGAGGUUGUGAAGGAUCUGCUGAGCAAAGGUUUAGACAAUGCAAAAGUCCUCCUAUUAGCAGGAAGCAGUGCGGGAGGUACCGGAGUUCUUCUGAAUGUAGAUCGUGUGGCAGAGCUGCUGGAGGGAUUGGGGCACACUGGGAUUCAGGUGCGAGGCCUCUCUGAUUCGGGCUGGUUCCUGGACAACAAGCAGUACCACUGCACAGACUGUGUAGACACUGUCAGCUGUACCCCGACUGAGACCAUCAAAAGAGGCAUUAAGUACUGGGGAGGAGUGGUGCCAGAGAGGUGCAGACAAUCCCAUGAAGGGGAGGAGUGGAACUGCUUCUUUGGAUAUAGAGUCUUCCCAUCUAUUAAAAGCCCUGUGUUCGUGGUCCAGUGGUUGUUUGAUGAGGCACAGUUGACAGUUGACAACAUCCAGCUAACAGGCCAGCCUGUGCAGGAAGGCCAGUGGCGUUACAUCCAGAACCUGGGCAUUGAGCUGAGGAAUACACUUAAAGAUGUCCCGGCUAUGUUUGCUCCAGCAUGUCUGUCACAUGAGGUUAUCACCAGAAAUUACUGGAUUGACGUGCAAGUUAAAGGCACCUCUUUGCCCCGUGCUCUGCACUGCUGGGACCGGAGCCUCCACGACAGCAGGAACAACAAGGCUCCACCCAAAGCCUGCCCUGUACAUCUGAUUGAUAGCUGCCCGUGGCCUCAUUGCAACCCCACCUGCCCGACCAUCCGAGACCAGUUCACAGGACAAGAAAUGAAUGUCAUUCAGUUUCUUAUGCACAUGGGCUUUGACGUGCAGAAGAUGGCUCAGCAGCAGGGCAUGGACCCCAGCAAGUUACUGGGCAUGCUCAGCAGUGGCAGCUAAAGGGGCGCACGUACAUACACACACACACACAUGCACACACACAUACACAUAAGCUAAACCCAGCAGAGCCGGCUGAUUUCUCCAGCUGGCACCCAUGACUGAUACCUCCAAUUUCAUCAUCCAUUUUACCAUGAAUCUAUUUCCGUCUGACCUCCUGUUUACUUUAUCCCAGACCUCACUCUGUCAAGGUGCUUCAGUUUUUAUCCAACAGUCUUUCCUGUUAACUGGUGACAAGUACCGGUUCAAAAUGCAACACAAAAAGGCACAAGUCUCUGCUACCACCCUUUUACAUGAUGUUUUAUAAAAGAAAAAAAAUCAUGAAUGUAAUCCAGUUUUAAGGAUGCUAAGUGAUGUUUGUCUUUAUUAACUUAAUCUAUCAAUUUAGAUUAGAUUUAGCUAUUGUUAAAAAAAAAAUUAAAAAGCAAUGUCACAAUGACGUAAAGACGCUGUUUUUGUAUGUAGUUGCUAUAGAGUCUAUAUUAUAACAUAAUUUUGUCAAGAUAGUUUUAUUUGCUCUAAAGAUAUAUUAUUUCUAAAAAAAUAAUAAAAUAAUCAACCCAUAUAAAGUGAUAAAUUUGAGAAAUACAGGGAAAUAUUGUAAGAAGAGAAGAGACGAGAAGAGGAAAGAACUUUAAUAUAACUUUAAUAUAGAUCUAAAUCAAAAGAAGGAACAAUAGCAGGUGACAAGUACCUUUUUUAUUGUUGAAAGUAGCUAAAUUUGAUUUAAACAGGCAGAUAAUGCCCAGACAACAUCGCAUUAGGUUUAUGAUAAUAAAAAACAAGGUUCCUUUAGACAAAGCUGGAAUCCAGCUGGCUUUGCUUCAAUAUCUAGUUUAGACAUAUUCUCAAAUGGUGCUAAAAUGAACCUGGAAACACUUCAUUCAUAGCUAUACAUACACCACAGUGCCAUUGCAUCUAGUUCAUACCUCUUCCUUACAGGCCACAUCAUCAUUUGAGGACUGGUAAAACCAGACCAGAGGAUACAGAUUUGUGUUAGCUCACCUCAGUACUUCAUCAGUCCUCAGUUUCAAUGCAAUGAACAUUUAAAGGGAGGCAAAUAUUGUUUAUUGUAUAUUUUUUGAGUAUUUGUAUAGGUUCUUUCAAGUGUUCACUCUUGUAACUCCCUUCUUAUUUUUCAUUAUAGAGAUCACUUGUUUUAAUAUAAUGACAAUGUUGUAUGUAAUAAUGUCUUUAUUAAUGAUGUUUUUAAAGGACCUCUAUUUCGCAUCACACCAGAAAAGGAGAAGUAUUACUAAUUGUAAUUUUAUUCUGUAACAUAUUUUUUAACAGAAAAAACUCAAGCUACAUUGGUAAUUUACAUAUUUAUUUUGUUAUGUAAAUCAUAUUUAUAAGUGCUAUUUUCACAGAGAAGUGAUUCUUUGUAAAUUGUAAAUACAUUGCUGUUUUUCUCUUUGUGUUGAUUGCAUGUCUUUGUAUCUGACCUAAAGGAAAAGACACAGUACAUAUACUACAAGGUAAAUAUGUUUGUGCAGACUUGUUAUUUUUCAUUGUAUUGAUUCUAAACAUCAGAACAGCUGCAGUAAUGGGCGCUGUGGUGGUAGAAUUGGUAUUGCAAUCAUAACAUAAAUUUCUUCUUCUGUACAGCUGCAAAAAAAAAGCAUUAAACAAGAAACAUGAAAGGACAGGAUGCAGAAAAAUUAAACAUUAAUAGCAUAAGCAUGUAACACUAAUGUGAGUGCCCAUGUGAUGGUGUGUGUGGAGAUGAACAAACCUAUUCAGCAAGGAAAUUGCUAUGAGGAAACAAGGAAUAGGAGAAAGAAUCAAAUAAGCGAAAAUAUUUUAUCACCUUUUAGCAGCCUACAAUUUCAAGAAAUCCAAUAAUCAGUAUAAAAUAAACUGCUAAAAUAAUCAAUCUAUUACACAUA